AUGGCGACUGUGGGGCCGCGGACCGGGCCGAACGCAGGAGCUGAGGCGCUGGCGCUGGCGGCAGAGCUCCAAGGAGAGGCGACGUGCUCCAUCUGCCUAGAGUUUUUCCGGGAACCGGUGUCGGUCGAGUGCGGCCACAGCUUCUGCCGCGCCUGCAUUACGCGCUGCUGGGAGCGUCCGGGAGCUGGGACCGGCACGGCGACCCGCACCCUGCCCUGCCCACUGCCCUGCCCUCAGUGCCGUGAGCCCGCGCGCCCCAGCCAGCUGCGACCAAAUCGACAGCUGGCCGCGGUGGCCUCGCUCCUUCGGCGCUUCAGCCUGCCCCCCACCGUCCCCGGGGAGCGCGGGACCUCAGGGGUGGCUGCCCGGGCGGCGGCUGCGCGGUGUUCGCAACACGGAGAGCAACUUAAGCUCUACUGCCAAGACGACGGCCGCGCCAUUUGCGUGGUGUGCGACCGCGCCCGCGAGCACCGUUCGCACGCCGUGCUGCCGCUGGAGGAGGCGGUGCAGGAGGCCAAGGAGCUGCUGGAUUCCAGGCUGAGGGCCUUGAAGAAAGUACUGGAAGACUAUGAAGCGUUCAGGUCAACAGAAGAGAGGGAGAGCAAGGAACUUAUAAAGCAGAUGGCGGCAGAGAAAGAGAAAGUAGGGGCAGAGUUCCAAGCACUGCGGGCCUUCCUGGUGGAGCAAGAGGGUCGGCUUCUAAGCCGACUGGAGGUGCUGUCCCGGGAAGUGACACAGAAGCAGAAUGAGAACCUGGCCCAGCUGGAGGGUGAGAUCACUCAGCUGUCCAAACUCAGCAGCCAGAUCCAGGAGACAGCUCAGAAGCCGGACUUAGACUUCCUCCAGGAGUUCAAAAGCACACUAAGCAAGUGCAGCAGCACGCCCGCCUCCAAGCCAACCACAGUCUCAUCUGAGAUGAAGAAUAAAGUGUGGAAUGUUUCCCUCAAGAGUUUCGUCUUAAAAGGAUUGCUGAAGAAGUUCAAAGAGGAUCUCCAGGGAGAGCUGGAGAAAGAAGAGAAAGUGGAACUCACUUUGGACCCGGACACGGCCAACCCCCGCCUCAUCUUGUCCCUGGAUCUAAAGAGCGUACGUCUAGGACAGCGCGCCCAGGACUUGCCUAACCAUCCUCGCCGCUUCGAUACCAACACCCGCGUUCUGGCGUCCUGUGGUUUCUCCUCUGGGCGACAUCACUGGGAGGUGGAAGUGGGCUCCAAGGACGGCUGGGCUUUCGGUGUGGCCCGCGAGAGCGUGCGUCGCAAGGGUCUCACGCCCUUCACCCCCGAGGAGGGCGUCUGGGCAAUGCAACUCAACAAUGGGCAAUACUGGGCGGUGACCAGCCCUGAGAGGACGCAGCUCAACUGUGGGCAACUGUCGCGGGUGAGGGUGGCGCUGGACCUUGAGGUGGGAGCAGUGUCCUUCUAUGCAGUGGAAGACAUGCGCCACCUCUACACCUUCCGCGUCAACUUCCAGGAGCGAGUGUUCCCCCUUUUCUCUGUUUGCUCUACUGGCACCUACUUGAGAAUCUGGCCUUAAAGAGCUCUGUCCUAGAAGGGGACAGGGGACAGGUGAACUCUCCUCCGUGAUACUGAGAUACUUUAUCUUGGACCUUCCUUCCCACUCCUACUUCAGCUGCCCAAGAAGGCUAUCACGGAGCACAACAUAGGCGCUGAAAACUGACUGAGCAAAGAGGCGCAAUUGGUAACUAAUGGCACAGCGAAGAGAUGCUGUGGACCCUUGGCGCCUGCUGGCUACUGUAAUGUUCCUGCAAGUGGUGUCUGAACUAUGGAGAGGGGUCGCUCACUGGCAUAAAAGCCCAGCUUUAAGCAAGGGUGCUUCCUAUCACAAGGGUGCUUCCUAUUCAGAAGGGUCCCUGUUUACACAGAAAAAUGUCAAAGACUGGUACCCUUGCGAAGGGUGUGGUUUGGCCUUGGGCCCAUCAUGUGUUAUUUUACAUUUGUGACAGCUGCAGGCUCUGCUCUGCCUGGAGAGGUCAUUGAGUCCUCCGGACCCAGCUGGCCUGGCUGGGUUGUUUAUUCAGAGAGGAGUGUUGUGGCUCCCCAGUUAGAGGCCAGUCUGGCUGGAUCUGAACGGAAACUCAUGACCUAUACAAGAGGCCAGACCUACAGUAUACACAUAUGAGCACAGUGCUGUUCUCCAGCACUCUUUGUGUGCAUCUUUUAACGAAUUGACUGCCAAUGUGUGGUCACAAAUGCCUCAAGCCUCACAUUUCCCUUUGAGUAAGGGAGUCAGAGGUUUUGGAACAGUGAAACACAAGUUGAUACUUACGAGUUUGCAGAUGCAGCUAUCACCAGUGUAGGGAUGCACACACCACAAGCACAGUCUUGACAAACCCUUUCUGGAACUUUCUAUAUCUAUGCAAACACCAGGACAUUCUGGUGGCAAGGAUUGCUGGACAUCUGCCCUGGAGGGAGUUGGGCAGGCCAGCCUCCUUAGCCUCUUGAAUGGCUAUUGUUCCAUAGCAUUCACAAAGCUGGGCCAAGAAGUGGGCUGUUCCCUGCUUAGUUCUCUGCUUGGAAGUGGGAGAAGAGAUGGAAAUAUAGAUUAUAAGCACAUUUCUAGGGGUGUCUGGACUCAUUCUUGCCUCUGUGGAUUGACUGCAGGAGGAUAUGUUGAGUAUUGGUUUCUGCUAGAAUAAUCCCAAAUGUUGUAUAUUUAAGGUGUGUAAGCUUGUGUGCUUGUAUCUCAGAUUUGGGAUGACAGUUACAGAGAGGGCGUUUAUGAAAAGCUGUAAGGGGUUAGCUGUUGGAAACAGAUAUCCACAUAAAACAUGGUUUCCUACUUACUGUGAUAUCAUGGGGACCAGAGUUCAGAUCCUAGCACCCAUGUAACAGGCAGUGUGCCUUGUAAAUACUCAGGUCUCCAGCUUCAAGGGAUAUGAUGCCCUCUUUUAGUCGCUGUAUGCAAACUUCAGAGUCUGUGCAUGUACAUAUGUAUAAUACAUUCAUAGAGACCAAUAUACUGAAAAAAUGCCCCCACAGCUUUCACUUCAAAGGGAAUAAGAGAUAGUUUAUUCUGGUGUGGGGACAUGACGGCCAGCCUUAACCUGAGGGCACUGUUAUUGCCUGCUCUGACCCAGUCAAUUAGUGACACUUCCCCUAGAGUGCUCAGAUCUGUAUAAUUUACAUACAGCUCCCCUGAGUAUAAUUUACAUACAGCUCCCCUGGCUAAAGAAACUUAAUAUGGUAUCAGGUAUCUCUGAGGCACUGACCUUUGCCCUGGAGUGCCCUGAGAUCCCAGUGGUCUUCAGGUGAGGUAAGAACAAGAUAACGGUGUUCCUGCUUUCCGAUUUUAUAAACUUGAUCCUCGCCGUGGGACUCGGGUAAGCGGUAUUUUCAUUACUAUACAACAGGAAAGAGAAACAACUGAGGGGAGAAAAACAAUUUUCUUGCCCAGCUAUGAAUUCCAUAGAUAACACCUUUGGCAUCUACCUUUAUAAUCACUUCCUUUAGCUCCCUCUGGCACAGCAUGGUGUUUGACUCUAAAGCUGCCUUCUGCUAGCAGUGAGAAUAAACAAAUUUAAUCUAAA